AUGAAGGGAGCUAUUUUCGCCGCCGCCGCUUUGGUCGGCUCUGCCAUGGCCGACGGUGUUCACCGUCGCCAUGACGCCUUCCACCAGCGCCGUGAGGCCUCGGCCAGCGUCUGGUCUUCCGCCAUUGUUACCCCCUCCGCCGGUCUUGAGCCCGAGGAGACCUGUGGCUGCACCACCAAGGUGAUCACCGUCUACGGCUCCGCUACCCUGGUUCCCGUCGAGACUGUUGCUCCUCCCUCUUCUACUUCCACCUCCACCUCCACCCCCGCCCCCGAGUCCACCAGCACUCUCACCAGCACUGUGCACUCUACCAGCACCAGCACUCUGACCGUGACCGUCUCGGCCUCUUCCUCCGCGGCCCCGGUUUCCUCCAGCACCGCCGUUGCUAGCACUCCCGCCGUCGAGUUGCCCACUCCCGGUGUUAGCACCUUCUCCACCACCGGUGUCUACACCAUCCCGGCCACCACCAUCACCGUCCACGACACCACCACUGUCUGCGGUGCUACCUCCACUGAGGUCCCCAGCGGUACUCACACCUACGGUGGUGUUACCACCAUUGUCAAGACUGCCACCACUGUUGUCUGCCCCUACGCCACUGUCAAGCCCUCCGGCACCACCGUGACCAGCGUCAUUGAGACCACCACCUACAUCUGCCCCUCCGCUGGUACCUACACCGUUGUGCCUCCUACCACCACCACUGUGCCCACCAGCACCGUUCUGGUCUACCCCACCCCCCAGACCAUUGUCCCCGGUACCUACACCCAGGAUGAGACCACCGUCACUGUGACCCGCACCGACUACACCUACAUCUGCCCCGUUGCCACCAGCAGCCUGGCCUCGACCACCGCCGCUGCUGCGCCCACCACUGUUGCUGCUACUACCACCUCUGCCGCUCCAGUUGUCACCAGCACCAGCUCUGCCUCUAGCUCUGCCUCCAGCUCUGCUUCCAGCUCUGCCUCCAGCGUUGUUGUCUCCAGCUCCGCUUCCAGCUCCUCCGUCGCCUCCUCCACCUCCGCCGUCGCCGAGGCCACCGGUAUCCCCACCGUUCUCGGUGAUGGUCAGUGGGGUAUGACUUACUCUCCCUACACCUCUGGCGGUGAUUGCAAGACCAAGGCGGCCGUUCUCAGCGAUCUCACCGUCAUCAAGGGCAAGGGUUUCAACCUGAUCCGUGUCUACUCCACUGACUGCAGCGGUCUCGAGUUCAUCGGUGACGCCUGCAAGGAGCUCGGCCUCAACAUCAUCAUGGGUGUCUACAUCUCCAGCUCCGGCAUCUCCGCCGCCCAGGAGCAGGUCUCUGCUAUUGUCAAGUGGGCCGAGUGGGACAUGGUCAAGCUUAUUGUCGUCGGUAACGAGGCCAUCCAGUCCGGCUUCGUCGAUGCCUCUACCCUGGCCUCCUUCAUCCAGUCCGCUUCUUCCAGCUUCAAGUCUGCCGGUUACUCCGGUCUGAUCACCACCACCGAGCCCAUCAACGUCUGGCAGGCGCACGGUGCUGCCACACUUUGCAGCGCCGUCGAUAUCGUCGGUGCCAACAUCCACCCCUUCUUCAACGCCGACGUCACCGCUGAGCAGGCCGGUGAGUUCGUCAAGACCGAGUUCGAGGUCCUCGACAAGAUCUGUGGUGGAAAGGACGUCAUCAACCUCGAGACUGGCUGGCCCAACGCCGGUGACGCCAACGGUGUUGCCGUCCCCGGUGUCUCUGAGCAGGCUACCGCCAUCAAGUCCAUGGUCAAGGCCGUUGGCUCCAAGUCAAUCUUCUUCUCCUACCUCGAUGACCCCUGGAAGACCCCCGGUGAGUUCAACGUUGAGCAGCACUGGGGCUGCUCCGGAGUCUUCUAA